AUGGAGGGUCCUACUACGACCGUACCGGUCCUGAACGGCGACCACCACAAAUCCCCUCGAGAGCCCCUCGCGACUCGCGAUCCUCAGGAUAUCAGUGCGGGUCAUACAGCUAGGACCCCGAAAGAUGCGGACGGCGUGCAUGUGCAGGAUCCAAACGACGGCUCAUCCAUCGUGGUCGAGAAGGAGAUUCCGAAAGGAGCGAGGGUUACUGAUGGCGCGGAAAGGUUGAACGGGGUUGAGAAGGGUCGCAAUGAUGUGAUAACCGAAUAUGUGGAAUCCCAUGGAGCCAUGGCAUCGUCAGACGGCAUGCCGGAGGCUCAACAGCUUAGUGCUUUGGGCACAUCACUUACACCAAUAGCAACUCGCAAUGGGCUGAGGACGACUGAGAUACACACGAGCCAGAUCGUGAAUGGAGCAACAACACGGUCGAUGGACGAGGGGCACAAACUGUCCGAUGAAAAGCUGCAGAGACCCGUGGGUUCCCUGAAAUCACUUUCGCCCGGAGCUCUUGGCCUACAAGACAAAUCACCAGUCUCUAACGAGGAGCCUAGCCCUCGAACUGCCAUGCCGACCGGGCCCGGCGGACUUCCUGCAUCCUCAAACGGAGACAUCUUCACUUCCACGCCAAACAUUGAGUCUCUGAGCCUAGGGUCGUCAGCGGACCCAGACGCAAGACGGCCUCGCAAUUUGACGAUCGAAACAGGUCACAAAGUCGUGCCCUCUGUACUCAGUCAUUCAGCACGGCCUGGUCUCUCUCAACGGGCCCUAUCGACUCCUGGCUCUGUGAGAACCCCUCUGUCUCCACAGAAGGGCGACAGAUGUGGCUCACGGCCAACUCUUAAGAUCCCAGAAACCGCGGCUAAAAGUGAGGGAGCAGGGGGAAGAAGACAUUCAUCUUCAGGACGGCCAUUACCGUCUCCUAUGCCUACAUCUAUUCCACUCCCGCCGUUAUCAAUCCCAACGUACCUUCAGCUGGAGCUAUCAUCCCAACGACCAUCGCAACUCUACAUCCACAGGUCCGCCAAUAGCGAAUUCCCGUACGAAUCGUCUCGCGUCAAGACCGAGAGGUUGCUGAACUUUCUGGUGCUACCAUUUUACCUCGAGAGAGUGCUUUGGUUCGGCACUCUGGCAUGCGUUGAUUCUUGGCUGUAUACGUUCACCAUUCUCCCCCUCCGGUUGCUAAAGUCCAUUUACAUCUUAGGCAAGUCAUGGUGUACCAACUUCACGGGUGAAGUGCAUUUCGUGUCCCGAUUCGUAUACAGCGGCGCUGGCCGGAUGUGGCGGAGAAGGCGAAGCAGCGUUGUGCCUAUGACGGCCCGAAAGCCAUCAGCCCCCGAUGCUGCUGAGCACAAACUGAAUCAACCCGUCGCCUCUCAUUCCCGCAGACCUGGGAGACAACAUCAGCGAAUGAAGUCUAUUCCUUCAGCACUGCUGCCUGACGACAAGGCCGACAUGCUGAAAGGGCUUCUCAUCAUCUGCACCAGCCUUGUGCUCCUCAGACUCGAUGCGAGUCGGAUGUACCACUGGAUUCGUGGGCAAGCCGCGAUCAAACUUUAUGUGAUCUACAACCUCCUCGAAGUCUGUGACCGCUUGUUUUCUGCUAUCGGACAGGAUGUGCUCGAAUGCCUCUUCUCAAAAGAAGCCCUGGAGCGCAAGCCUGAUGGGCAUAGCAAGGUUUUGCGGCCGUUUUGGUUGUUCGUCCUGGCGCUUAUCUACACUGUCAUCCACUCGACCGCUCUCUUCUACCAGGUCAUCACCCUCAACGUUGCCGUAAACUCUUACUCCAACGCACUCAUCACGCUCCUCAUGUCCAAUCAGUUCGUCGAAAUCAAAUCCACCGUGUUCAAGAAAUUCGAGAAGGAGAACCUGUUCCAGUUGACCUGCGCGGAUGUGGUCGAACGCUUCCAACUCUGGCACAUGCUUGUCAUCAUCGCGUCUCGCAACAUCGUCGAAACAGGUGGCUUAAGCGCAGGACUGACGGCUUUCACGAAAACUACGACAUCCUCGCCCUCCGCUCCACUGAUCACCAAUUCCAGCAUCCCUAUCACCACCGCCCUUCCCCCUCGCUCCGUCUCCUCCAUUCUACCCAAAUCUUUCACCUUGGUGCCCGCCGUGGUGCAGACGAUAACAACGUAUGCGCCGGCUGUGUCACAGGUACUUGGCCCCUUUCUCGCUGUCCUGGGCUCCGAAAUGCUCGUCGACUGGCUCAAACACGCCUACAUCAAUAAAUUCAACAAUACCCGUCCCGCGAUCUACGAACGAUUCCUCGACGUACUAGCGAAAGACUAUUACACCAACGCCUUCGGCGAUCAAAACCUCACCAAGAGACUGGGCCUACCAGUCAUCCCUUUAUCCUGCCUCCUGAUCCGAGCGAGCGUGCAGACCUACAAGAUGUUCAUGGCAGCGUGGAUUCCGUCUUCGCCCACCAGCUCGACUAGCCUCGCAAGUAUUCAUGAACAUUACUCGUCCUCCGCCCGUGGCGCAACGCCAAUGACAACAUCCACGGCCAUAUCACAUACCCUCGACGAAAUCAUCGCCUUUAUCCCCACCUCUCUCAAGACGUCCAGCGCGGUCACGCACAUUACUACAGUCCUGCUCUUCCUGCUCUUCUUCCUAGUCCUCCUGGCGUUGAAGCUCGUGCUUGGCAUGCUCCUAUUAUCGUUCGCGCGAUCUCGCUAUCGGAGCAUGAAACUUCGCGAGCGCAAUCCCAUCUACCACGUCGAUGGUGGACGUAGAGUCGGCGGCUGGGGUGUCGUCGAGGUAGACGACGACAAGAGACGAUGGAUCUACGACGACGAUCCAGCUGGACACAAGAAUCUCAAGGAACGAGAGGAGAAGGACAAGAAGAGCAAAGAGAGGGGAAACGGGGUGGAGAGCUUCGAGAAGGUCAAGCGGUAUGAGAUGGUGGCGAAGAGGAUUUGGUAG